GGCUUUACCCGUUAGGGAGACCCUUCCAGAAAUUCUCAAUGGCCUAGGCGGUACCCAGGCCAAUGAGGGGGUUUGGAAAUAGUUUUCAACCAGCAAUUGACGCGCCUCGGUUAAUACCUCACUAGCUGCGUCAUUGCCCCAAGCGCAAAGAUGGUUUGGUUCUGUGGAACCCUUCACAAUUUAUAGCUCACUAGCCUUACUACUCUUCCCUUUCUUUCCGAUGUGGGAUUAUUCUCUAAUUCGAAUUUUUUCGAACUUCUCCGAAAUAUGGUUUUCAAUAACCAUUAGAUUGGAACCAUUAAGGAUCAAUAGUCAGGAUUCAUUCCAUCUAUAUACUCCCCCUUUGAGUCCAAACUAUUCUUUUGAACUUCCGUGACGAUGGAUGAUGGUAACGGCAGCUUCUUCCUUUCCCUCCUUCUGCUUCGUUUCAAGGCUUUUAAAGCAGAAGCACGUCGAUCUGAAAUUUUUGGUCUUGCUGCCCAACUUCGUCAUUACCAGAAGAUCCCUUUGUUCCACCCCUUCCGCUACGUGCUUCCCACGAUUCCCAAAUCCAACGUCGGUUGUUCCGCGGCUACUUCCUGCUGUAAGCCCUUCUUCGAUCUCCCAUUGCCAGAUAAUUCAUUCCUGGAAAAUCAAAUCAGGAAAUUAUGGCGAUCUUGGGUUUUUCGGUGAUCGAUUGGUGGUGGCUUAUGCAAAAUUCGGUCGUCUGGACUAUGCUCUGAACUUGUUUGAAGAAAUACCGCACAAGGAUUUGGUGUCAUGGAAUUCCAUGAUUUCGGUGUUUUCACAGAGAGGGAGCUUGAGAGAUAACCUUGAUAUCUUACGUCGGAUGAGAUCAGAGGCGGGUUUGGUGCCCAAUGUGGUGACACUCAUCUCUGUCCUCCCAGCUUGUGCCGCUGCCCAAGCUUUAGACGCUGGCGAAUUCAUCCAUGGUUACGCUGUGAAAUUGGGUUUUUGGUCAGAGACCAAGGUUGUGAACUCUCUCAUUAACAUGUAUGGGAAAUGCGGUUCUGUCCAUGCAGCUUGUCGUUUGUUUCAGGCAAUGCCUUCGAAGACUUUAGUAUCAUGGAAUACGAUGGUUAUGAUUCAUGCCCAAAAUGGAUUUGUGGAGGGUGCAAUUGAUCUUUUCAAUUCGAUGAGAAGAGCUAGCAUCAAGCCUGAUCGAGUUACUGUUGUGGCCUUGCUUCAAUCUUGUGCAGAUUUAGCGGCAGAGAGAACAGCAAAGGCCAUCCAUGGCUGCAUUAUGACUUCUGGGUUCAAUUCAGAUGUGGCCAUCACUACCGCUCUUAUAAUUGCAUACGCAAAAUCAGGGAAAUUGGAUGUUUCUCAUGAUGUUUUCCAUGAGCUAAAAACCCCAGAUAUGAUAGCUUGGACCGCCAUGCUUGCAGGCUAUGCAACACAUGGUCAUGGAAAAGAAGCAAUCACCAUCUUCAAUCUCAUGAUUAAGGAAGGAUUGAAGCCCGAUCAUGUGACCUUCACACACGUCUUGAGUGCUUGUAGUCACUCUGGCCUAGUCUCAGAGGGCAAGAAAUAUUUUGAGGCUAUGUCCAAUGUUUAUGGAGUGGAGCCAAGGGUUGAUCAUUAUUCAUGCAUGGUCGAUCUACUGGGUCGCUCUGGGCUUCUGGAGGAAGCUUGUGAGCUAAUUCAGAGUAUGCCCAUCAACCCAAAUGCUGCUGUUUGGGGGGCAUUGCUGGGUGCCUGUAGGAUCCACAAUAACAUUGAACUUGGGAAAGAAGUUGCAGAGAGGCUAUUUGAAAUUGAUCCAUUAGACCCCAGAAACUAUAUCAUCUUAUCAAACAUGUAUUCUGCGGCAGGUUUAUGGACAGAUGCCUCUAGGGUCCGGGCUCUGAUGAAGGACAAAGGACUCAAAAAAAGCCCUGCAUGCAGCUUCAUUGAACACGGAAACAAAAUCCACCGCUUUGUUGUGGAUGAUUGUUCUCACCCAGAGUCUGAAAAGAUACAUGCUAGGUUAGAAGAACUUAUUGAGAAGAUAUGUCAAAUUGGUUUUGUUCCUAAGACAGAAUUAGUUUUACAUGAUGUUGAUGAGGAGGUGAAGGAGGGUAUGAUCAACAAACAUAGUGAGAAGCUGGCAAUUGCAUUUGGGCUUCUGGUGAAGAGUGAGGGAAUGCCUAUCAUGAUAACCAAUAACCUUCGAAUCUGUGGGGAUUGUCACAGUGCUGCGAAGUUCAUGUCAUUGAUAGAGAAGUGUGUAAUUGUCAUUCGAGAUUCAAAGCGAUUCCACCAUUUCGCUGAUGGAUUCUGCUCAUGUGGAGAUUAUUGGUAAUUCUCAUUCUGUUUUGUUGAGCUGAUUAUUUACAAAUGACAAAUAUAAUUUUGUUUAA